GUCUGUUGUUUGUAUCUGUAAUGUGUAUGUCCAUUUCAGUGUUGUCUGUUUUAGUGUGCAGGUGAUAGACUAGAGAACAAGACCUCUGUCUCCGUAGCAUCCUGGAGCAGUCUGAAUGCCAGAAUGGAUAACCGUUUUGCUACGGCAUUUGUAAUUGCUUGCGUGCUCAGCCUCAUUUCCACCAUCUACAUGGCAGCCUCCAUCGGCACAGACUUCUGGUAUGAAUAUCGAAGUCCAGUUCAAGAAAAUUCCAGUGAUUUGAACAAAGGCCUCUGGACCGACUUUGCUAGUGAUGAGGCAGAUGAAAAGACUUACAAUGAUGCGCUUUUCCGAUAUAAUGGCACAGUGGGACUGUGGAGACGGUGUAUCAGUAUUCCGCCAAACACGUACUGGUACAGCCCGCCAGAAAGGACAGAGUCAUUUGAUGUGGUCACAAAAUGCAUGAGUUUCACCCUAAAUGAGCAGUUCAUGGAGAAAUUUGUUGAUCCUGGAAACCACAAUAGUGGGAUUGAUCUGCUUCGGACCUAUCUUUGGCGUUGCCAGUUCCUUCUGCCGUUUGUUAGCCUAGGUUUGAUGUGCUGUGGGGCUUUGAUUGGCCUGUGUGCUUGUAUCUGCCGGAGCUUGUAUCCCACCAUCGCCACCGGCAUUCUCCAUCUCCUUGCAGGUCUGUGUACCCUGGGCUCAGUGAGCUGUUACGUUGCCGGAAUUGAACUACUCCACCAGAAGCUGGAGCUGCCCGAGAAUGUGACUGGCGAAUUUGGAUGGUCCUUCUGCCUGGCUUGUGUCUCAGCUCCCUUACAGUUCAUGGCUUCUGCUCUCUUCAUCUGGGCCGCUCACACCAACCGGAAGGAGUACACCUUGAUGAAGGCAUACCGUGUGGCAUGAGUGGGAGCUGCCUGCUUUACAAUUGCCAUUCUUAUUAUUUUUUGAUAUUAAUAUGUUUCCUUGUCUCCCCUUCCAAUUGUUUUUAAUUUUUUUUAUGGAUAUACCAUUUUAUCCUGAAAAUCCGUUUUAUUUAUUCACACAGACAGUUGUUCCUUAAUACCACUAAAAUUUGUAUGGAUUGUUCUGAGUGAUUCCAUCUUUCAAACAGACUAGUCUAAGUUCGGAGUCCAGACAGAAAGAAAUGGGUAGACGCUUGGCACAAAUUUGUGAAAGAAAAUUGAUAAUGGGAAAUUGACCCAAAGCGAGUUCUGCUGAUGUCUGUUAGACUUUUCAGUAAAGUAACUUUUCAUUCAAUUGGAAACUUUAGUUUCUUUGGGAAACCUCUUAUCCUUGUUAACAUUUAGGUUCACUUUGCCGUUGUAGAUAGCCAGUCAGUCAGAGGUAUUAGCGCUGUUUUCAAAGACUUAUACUCUAUAAAAUAGAGAAAUUACCUAAGAUCCUUUCCCCUAAAUGUUGGCAUAUAGCUUCAUCUGAGGUGAAAUAUGGCAGCUGUUUAUCUCCACUGUUCCUGUCUGCAAGAAAGGAAGUGAAAAAUGUAGUGUUUCCUUGAAAUUUUAACUUUGGAUCUGCAAGAAUUCCAAUUCAGCCAGACAAGAGGACUGACCUUGUUUUACUUUUUUUUUUUUUUUUUUUAACUCUCCUUGCGAUGUCAGUAGGAUUUUUGGUACCACCAAACCAUUUUGGAUUUUGCUCCUUCCUUCACACAUCAGGCUUAUUAAGAGUGCUUUCUUUUUAACACUGUAUUGGGGUCAUAAAGUAAAAUUCUCCAACUGCUAUCUAUUUAUUCCAGCUAAGUACCAUAAAGAAAGUUCCACCAUAAUGACCCUCCCAAGCUAGGAAAACUACCACAAGACCUAAAGUUUUGGCUGGUCAUUAACUUCCAACUAUGGUCUUUAUUUCUUGUGGUGAAACGAUGUGCCUUUCCUUGCCUAAUUCCCUUCCUGAUGUGUAUUAAUGUUGUUUAACGUCUUCUGAUUCAGUCACUUUUUAUAAAUAUGUCUAUAAACAUUGAACUUUAAAAAAUCUUAUUUAUUUAUUCCAUUACUGUAGCACUUGACAGAUUUUAAAAAAAUGUAACAGUAAUUUCUUACAGUAUCCUAAAUCUGUCUUUUUUAAAAAAUAAAGUAAAAAAUGACACUCA